GGGGAGCUGAAGAACUGACUGAGGGGGAACCCCGCUCCCUUUGUCUCCCUCUCUGUCCCCUGCACAGCUUUCCUGUAAUAAAGGCUCCCUGCCCCGCGCUCUGCUCCCCGGCUCUGGAGGCGGGAUGGGAUGGGAUGCGAGGGGGUGGGAUGCCGCUGCCAGUCACAGCGUGUGCCCGCCUCCUGCCGGGGCCCGCCCCGUCGCCGCCCUCUCACGGCGUCGCGCCGACCAUGCCGCUGGAUCACCGCCGCCUGCGCGGCCCGGAGGAGUCGCAGCCGCCGGCGCUGUGGGCAGCGACCGCGGCCGAGGAUGAGGAGGACGAGGAGGGCGCGGGGGCGGCGCCGCGGGACCCCUGUGCCCUGCGGCCGCUGUUCGCGCGGGCCGGGCUGCUGAGCCAGGCGCAGGGCUCGGCCUACGUGGAGCUGGGCAGCGGCACCAAGGUGCUCUGCGCCGCCUGGGGCCCGCGGGAGUCGGCCGAGCCCGGCCCGGGCCGGCUGAUCUGCGAGUUCCGCCGGGCGCCGUUCGCGGGGCGGGGGGCGCGGGGCCGGCCCGGCGCGGCGGCGGAGCGGGAGGCGGAGCGGGAGGCGGCGGCGGCGCUGCGGGAGGCGCUGGAGCCGGCGGUGCGGCUGGGCCGCUACCCGCGGGCCCGCCUGGCCGUCAGCGCGCUGCUGCUGCAGGACGGCGGCUCGGCGCUGGCCGCCGCCGUCAGCGCCGCCGCCCUGGCGCUGGCGGACGCGGGCGUGGAGAUGUACGACCUGGCCGUGGGCUGCGCGCUGUGCCGGCCGCCCGCGCCCGCCGCCUCGUGGAUGCUGCAGCCCGCCGAGCCCGAGGAGCGCCGCGCCGCCGCCCGCCUCACGCUGGCCCUGCUGCCCGCCCUCAACCAGGUGUCGGCCGUGCUGGGCGGCGGCCGGGGCGGCCCGCCCGAGGACUGGGCGCAAGCCCUGCGGCUCGGCCUCGAUGGCUGCCACCGGCAGUACCCGGUGCUGCGACAGAGCCUGCUGCGGGCCACCCAGCGCCGCGAUGCCGCCGCCGCCGCUGCCACCGCCGCUGCUGCCGCGGCCACCAGUGCCUGAGUGCCCGGGAGGCCUGCGCACCCCGGUCUGGGGUGCUUUCAAUGCGUCCGGAGACCCCUGGAGCCUGCCUGAACCACACAUCACUGUUGGGGAUUAAAAUAAGCUUACCGUUAGAAUCUUGACAGUUUAAUAAGUUUAACUGCU